AGCCUCCCAGCUUCCAUUGUUGGGAAGUGCAGAAACUGGAGAUACAGGAGAAGCAACCAGCCAUUGCAGACUCUCUGCCAUGUCUUCUUUCGUACGCUUCAUUCCUCUAACAUGGCCUUUCAUCAUCAUCUUCUUCUUCUUCCUCUUCUUGCUUUCUCCCGCGCUUGCCGCUGAGUCGGAUCACAAGUAUCAACCAGGGGAAUCAGUUGUUCUCUGGGUAAACAAAGUUGGGCCUUAUAAUAAUCCACAAGAAACAUACAAUUACUAUAGCCUUCCAUUUUGUCAUCCAUCAGGGGACUCUGCUCACAAAUGGGGCGGUCUUGGUGAGGUCCUUGGUGGAAAUGAACUCAUUGACAGUCGGAUCGAAAUAAAGUUUCUGAAAAACAUGGACAGAACUACUAUUUGUCCGCUUCAUCUUGACGAAGCAAAGGUUAAACUGUUUAAGAAUGCAAUUCAGAGAAGUUACUGGCUUGAACUCUUUAUAGAUGAUCUGCCGUUAUGGGGCUUUGUUGGAGAGUUGCCUUCAGACAAGAAUAGUGAAGAUGAAAAGCAUAUUUUGUACACUCAUAAGAAUAUUAUUAUUAAAUACAACAAAGAUCAGAUUAUUCAUGUGAAUCUUACUCAAGAGAGCCCAAAGUCAUUGGAAGUUGGAAGAUCUUUGGACAUGACAUAUUCUGUCAAAUGGAUACCUACCAAUGUCACUUUUGCCCGUCGCUUUGAUAUCUAUUUGGAUUAUCCGUUCUUUGAGCAUCAGAUCCAUUGGUUCUCAAUUUUUAAUUCUUUCAUGAUGGUUAUCUUCCUCACUGGUUUGGUCUCAAUGAUAUUAAUGCGGACUCUUAGAAAUGACUAUGCAAAAUAUGCUCGGGAGGAUGAUGAUGAUCUGGAGACUCUGGAACGAGAUGUCAGUGAAGAGUCUGGCUGGAAGCUUGUACAUGGAGAUGUUUUUAGAUCUCCUCGCUGUCUGGUUAUUCUAUCAGCUGUUGUUGGCACAGGUGCUCAGCUAGCAGUGCUUGUUCUUCUCGUUAUCUUAUUAGCAAUUAUUGGAAUGUUGUAUGUUGGGAGAGGCGCAAUUAUUACCACUUUCAUUGUAUGCUAUGCACUUACAUCAUCUCUAUCAGGUUAUGUGAGUGGUGGAAUGUACUCACGCCAUGGUGGUAAAAGUUGGAUAAAGUCAAUGAUCCUUACAGCCUCUCUAUUUCCCUUCAUGUGCUUUGGAAUCGGACUCGUUUUGAACACAAUUGCUAUAUUCUAUGGUUCUUUAGCAGCUAUUCCGUUUGGCACCAUGGUCGUUGUUUUUGUCAUCUGGGCUUUCAUUUAUUUCCCUCUAGCGCUUCUUGGUACAGUUGUUGGAAGGAACUGGAGUGGCACUCCAAACAACCCUUGCCGUGUGAAGACCAUCCCUCGUCCAGUUCCUGAGAAGAAAUGGUACCUCACGCCGUCUGUGGUGUCCUUGAUGGGUGGAUUGCUACCCUUUGGCAGCAUUUUCAUUGAGAUGUAUUUUGUCUUCACAUCUUUCUGGAAUUACAAGGUGUACUAUGUCUACGGCUUUAUGCUGCUGGUUUUUCUGAUUCUCAUUAUUGUUACUAUUUGUGUGACAAUUGUUGGGACAUAUUUUUUGCUCAAUGCUGAGAACUAUCACUGGCAGUGGACUUCUUUCUUCUCUGCAGCCUCCACUGCUGUUUAUUUGUUCUUGUACUCAAUAUACUACUUUUAUGUUAAGACAAGGAUGUCAGGCUUCUUCCAGACAAGCUUCUAUUUUGGAUAUACAUUGAUGUUCUGUCUCGGUUUAGGAAUUUUAUGCGGAGCUGUGGGCUAUCUUGGCUCCAACUUGUUUGUGAGGAGGAUCUACAGAAACAUCAAAUGCGAUUAAGGGUCGGUACAUGAGAAAGAAGGAAGACUGCACUCGGCUUCACUUUUCGCUCGAUCACGUGUUUCGACUUCCCCAGAAGAAGCGAUCGUGUCAUAGUGCAGGCAGGUAAUAUCAUGCAAACUUCUGUUGAAUUGAACUCUUGAGUGUUAGUGUUUGUGGGUGCAUGGUUUUUAUGCAUUAGGAGUGCCCAUGAUUUUUUUCUUUUGUGAUUCUCCGGCUGUAAGUUAGAUUUCGUUCACGAGAAGAGCAGAGAUCUUUUUUCCCUUUUAAUGAUAUAGAAAAGUUGGCAAAUUCAUAUUGCACUCU